CUUUCGCUUGUGACUUGGCUUUGCAAUGGUUGCCUCGUAAGCAAUCCGCUCACUUCAUCAAGUACUUCUAAAAGAUUAGGCUGUUUAUCAAAGCGAGUUUCAAAAACCAUUUUCCAACAACCCCCGACACCAUGCCCCGCGAAGUGAUAACCGUUCAGGUUGGCCAAUGCGGCAACCAAAUCGGGUGCCGGUUUUGGGACCUGGCGCUGCAGGAACACCUGGACCACAUAUUUCAACAGCAGCAACACGGGCCAUCAAGCUCGCUAACCAACAAGCACACCCCCGCCGGACCAAGUAACCCCUCCCACCCACAGUACCACUUUGACGACGCCCUGUCCUCUUUCUUCCGCAACAUCGACCGACGGAACGACCGGGACAUCGACCCGAAAGUCACGACUGAGAUCAAAACGCUGAAGGCGCGAGCGGUCCUCGUCGACAUGGAGGACGGUGUGGUGAAUUCGCUUCUGAAAGGCCCCCUCGGCGACAUUUUCGACCGCAAGCAGAUUGUCACCGACGUCUCCGGCAGUGGAAACAACUGGGCCCACGGGUAUUAUCACUAUGGGAAGCAAAUGUAUCACAACAAGAUCGAAAAGGCGGUGCGGAACGCGGUGGAGAAGUGCGACAGCCUGCAGUGCUUUCUCUUACUCCAAUCCGUCGGUGGCGGCACGGGAUCCGGGGUCGGGACGUACACCCUGGAGAACAUUCUGGCGGAUAACUACCCCGAGUACUACCGAUUCGUGUCCUGCGUUACGCCCUCGCUGCAAACGGAUGACGUGAUCACGAGUCCGUACAACAGUCUGCUAUCAAAAGUAAAAAUGUCUGGGUCUGAAAACUUGUGAUGCUGGGUGGCGUCUCAUGAUGAGGCUACAGAUGCUGGCUCAGCAUGACAAGUUCAUGAGCUCUUAGGUGUUGCCUAUUCUGCAUGACAAACUGCGCUUCUGCAUCACAGAAAAGCGGAGCUCUUGGGUAACGUGCGUGACAGAUUUAAGAGUCAUGCCAGACAGGCAUGACAAACAUGAAUUCUUCGAGACCCAGACAUUUUUACAGUUGAUAUCUGCUGGCACUGAACAAAAUGAUCGACAACGCGCACUGCGUGUUACCCGUGAAUAACGACAGUUUGAUCCAUCUCGUCGACCGAAUCAACUCCGCGUGUAAGAGCAAGACUGGAGCUGGAUCAUCAUCAACAUCUGUUGAACAAUCUUCCGCCGCAUCUUCGAACACCGCGGCGACUUUGCUUUCCGCCUCUGGCAACUCAGCGUUUUGUUCCAACGCGGUUCUUACCGCUAGAACCGCACCAGGUUCAUCUUCUGUGCUAAGUACAAGAACGCCGGUCAGUGACUUCGACCAGACAGUUCUUGGUCGAGGACCACAUCAAGGAACUGGAUCUGUUGCUCCUCAAACUACGAAGCCCUCUGGCCCCCCCUUCGGGGACAUGAACCUCUUGGUUGCGCAGAUGCUGAACCACUUGACGGCCUCGAUGCGGUACAGCGGAUCGUUAAACCUGGAUUUGAACGAAAUCACGACGAACCUCGUCCCCUACCCGAAAAUGCACUUUUUGAAUUCCUCUUUAUCCCCUCUGACAGUCUCCAAGGACCGGAAGUUGCUGCCUCGCUCCUUCUAUCAACUGCAAAUAUGUCUGGGUAUGAAAGCGUGGGGGCUUGUCAUGCACAUUUUGCAUGAACCGUGAGAUCUGUGAUGCUGGUGCUACCAUCACAUAUUUUUUGAGAGCUUCUUGAUCUUGAUGCUAAUUACGCAAUGAGAAAUGCCCUCUCCGCGUGCCAAGAGCUCACUCCUCUUGCUGCUCGUGCAACACAGAUAUUUUUAGAGUCCGCAGACAGCAAUACAAGUUCAACUCUUCCAGACCCAGACACAUUUGGAUUCGAUGCCGUCGACCAAAUGUUCGCGGACGUGGCGCUGACGGCGGACCAUUCCCUCUUAUGGAUUGCAAAAAUGUCUGGGUCUGGAAACUUGUAAUGCUAAAAGCGAAUGGGAGACGCACUGCAAUACGCAGCUAUGCAUGACAAAUCUUUUGGCUCCCAUGUCUUACGUAUUCCGCAUGGCAAACUGCGUUUUUGCAUGACAGGUAAGAGGGCCUUUUCGUGCCUAUGCGCCACAGAUUCUCGAGUCGUGCCAGACAAGCAUGACAAACUUGCAUUCUUCCAGACCCACACAUUUUUACAUUUGAUGCCUCUGCUGGAAUUACAACAGCCAAAACACGGUGGUGGAGCACCACAACAGCAGUCUAGGGUUCGUACCAUCAGCGGAUCAUGUAGUCGGAGGUUGUUCUUUCGCGAGUGGAGGGGUCGUGGACCCUGGUGCUUUUCAGUACGUGAACCCGAAGAGCCACGUCACGCUUGCACAGGCGUUUCUCGUCCGCAGCUCGGACUGCGGCAUUCAGGACGUGACCAGGAACGUGACGAGAGUGAAGCAAAAGCUGAAGUUCCUCCCUUUUAACGAAGACGCGAUCAAGAUCGGACUCUGCAGCAACGUGCCGACCACGAACUCGACGCACUACAAUGCGAGUAGCGCGGCGGCGUCCGGGGGGGCGGCGGCGUUCACCACCACCGCCUCGGCGUACAAGCACAGUUGCCUCGGACUGGCCAACAACUGCGGCAUCGUCCCCGGGCUGCUGCAGUCGAUUGUGCGGAAGUUUGAGCGCCUGUACAAGCGGCGCGCCCACGUGCACCACUACACGGAUUUCAUGGAUUCGGAGGACCCCUUGCUGGAAUUUGACGCCGCGCUGGAGAACGUCCGCUCCGUCAUGGGGGACUACCUCCACGUGGACAAAAACGCGAGCCCGCCACUGAGCUGCUUCGGCGGGGGGCGUAGGGGUAGGAGAGCUGGCCGGGGCGGAGGUGCAGCUGGGGGAGGCCGUGGUACGAAGGAUUUUAGAAUGCAGCGGAAAAUGAAACUGUACGAUAGAAGUGGCACUACAACGGAGGAGGAAAUGCAGGGGACGAGGAGCGAUGGCCGGAUGGAGGUUGAGCAAGGAGGUGAUAAUUGUGACUAUGAAAAUCUAGAUUUUCGCUGCAAAGUGUGGCCUUCGGUAUUGUUUCAACCGUCGAGAUACACAAUGAGUCGCGCAUUGCAGUGGCUACCAAAACCUGCUGUCUGAUCCAUGUUUGGUAGUUGCACAAGCUUUAUGUCCUUGUGAGACAGAAAUAAAAUGAUCAUGACGAAAAUAGAAAUGAAUUUUACGAACAGUUUCCUGUUCCAGUUCCAAGCGUGCUCUGCGC